AUAUUCACACUCCUGAUGAUAAAACCUCCACAUAAGCUUCAAGGUGCAAGAGUGCAACCCUUACAGCUCACAGCCAGCAGCUUAUAUAAAGAGAGGCAGAGGAAGGAUAGCAGUUGCUACUCAGAAGGAUCCUACAGGCGCAUCAUGAAGUGGACAAUUCUGCUGCUGACCAUUGGGCUCCUGGCAGGAGCCCAGGGCCGAUCACUUUUCAAAGAUGAACCAAAGACAAAAUGGGAAUCUGCCCUGGACAGCUUUUGGCACACACUGAACAAAGUAGAGGAGGCCGCAGAUGAAGCCACUUCAAGGAUGAAAGAUUCUCAGAUCGGCAAGGAACUCGAUGGACUUAUCAAGGAAACUAUGCAAGAACUGAGCAAUUAUGCUGAUGAUUUAAAGAGUAAGGUUGGACCUAUGGCUCAGGAUGCUCAGCAACGUUUCAACGAUGAGGUCUCUUCUCUAGCUGAUAAACUCAAGAGUGACAUGGAGGACACAAAGUCUCGGGCCAUCCAGUAUUCAGGAGACUUGCGCUCCAUGUUUGAUCAGAACAUCGAAGACGUCCAAGGAAAAGUUAACAUGUACAUGAAGAAGUUAAAAAAACGCCUACAAAAAGAUAGUGAAGAUCUUAAGCAGAAACUCAACCAAUAUGGGGAAGACCUCAGCAAGAACACUCAGGAAAAGAUAGAAAAUCUCCGUAAAACUAUUGACCCCUAUGUGUCUAAUCUGAAGAAAAAGGGACAAGAACGUCUUCAGUCUCUAAAAGAUGUCAUGGAUGAACAAGGGAAACAGCUCAGGGACAGAUUUGCCUCAGUGGCAAAAGAUGUGCAGAGCAAAGUCAAGAAAAUGACCUCUGAUGUUAAGAGCAGUGUAGACAAGCUGUCAGACCAAAUGAAAAAGUGGUUCAACCCCUCCAUAGACAAUCUCCGUAACCAGCUUCAAAACCUGGCCAAGAGUUUGCAAAACAAGAAGCAAUAAGACAUUGACCUGUGUCCCUGAACAUGGUGCACCACACUCAUAGCUUUCCAAGCUGUUAGCUUUUGCUAAAAGUUCUGCUGCUAAUCCUGAAUUAAGAGCUUGCAGCCAGCAAUGAAUUGUAAAUUUAAUGCCCAACAUGUACUAGCAACCACAUCACAUAUUGAUAUCAUCACCAGAAAUGCUGUGGACAAACAGAAUAGUUACCUUUCUAAUUGUUUUCAGGUCAGUCCAGAUGUGAAGACCUUAAAGUCCAGAUUCAUUUCUUCUUCACCACCAGGAUCUGAAAUGCUUGAUGGAGAUAUUAGGAUAUAGCUUAAAUUGAAGCAAUUAAAGUGUACUGUACACAUCUACAAUCCAGAGAAGCUAGGAGAACACUGCUCACCAAUGUUUUGAUGCCUAAGGGAACAUCUGCAGCUCCAUAUAGGUGACUGCAAGCAAAGUUCUGCAACAACUGGGGACUAAAUUAUUAUAAUGAUAGUACCCCAACUAAUAUCUGUUCUCUAUCUUGGUUCUGUGCGGGGAUUUACCAUACCUGAGUAUUUCUGAGUUCUUCCUUCAUUACCUUUGUCUCUUUCUUUCAUCUUAUGUGUUUUGUAAUAUCCUCUUAUGUCUUCUCAUCACCUUUGUCUACCGGAGGCUGUGCAUAAAUUGCCUGUCAGCUGUACUAUAUAUAUAUAUAUAUAUGUUUUUGUCAAUUGUAAUCAAUAUUUUUUAAAUAAAAGAAAUAGCUGACAUAUUGA